AUGGGAAAUUACCAAACAAAAUGUGAACCAACCGAAGGCGUAUUCUUUUACAUACUAUUUUCCUGUUUGAUAAUAUGUGCAAGUCUCACGUUGGCUAUUUUACAAACAAUAUUUUCAUACUGUGUUCCUAUAGAAUCAGAUAUGGCUUGGCCUUCAAACCUAAUACCGUUUGGAUAUAUACCUGCAGGUUUAUUAGUUCUGACAGCUGGUGCAAAUUUAGCCACUAGAUUAACCAAUUCAGAAAUUUGGCAAGCAACCAGUGUUGUGUGUAGUAUACUUCCAUCCAUAACCACCAUUGCUAUAGCUUGUACAACAUUAAAACAAUAUGUGGAUAAUUCUAUGAGUGAAUCAAGUAUUUUGAUUAUGGGAGUUAUUAGUUGUUUGAUUACCGUUUUGUGUUUCAUUAAUGCUAUUUUUAUAUGUAUCACUUAA